CGGUGAUGGUCAUUACGCCGCGCCUCCCUCGAUACUGCCUGCCCGCCGCCAUCUUAGGGGCGGUGGUGGGCGCCGCGGCCCAGCCCCUCGGGGCCCAGCGCGGCGUCAGUGAGGAGCGGAGGCUGUGGCCAGCGCGGCCUGCGUGGCGUGAGGGUGGUGGAGGUCAGCGUCGCUUGUAACGCCUCCCUUUUCCGUGUCUUUAUCUUCCUUUUAUUUAUUUUCCGUUUCCCAAGAAGACGAUGCUGCCGGGAAUCUUGGCGCAGCCAGCAUGCUGCUUGAGCAGGCUGCGCUCGCCGGGCGGGUGCAGGCGCUUCUGGGGGUGGCUGAAUGCUGUGUUCAACAAGGUGGACUACGAACGCAUACAAGCCGUCGGCCCCGACAGGGCAGCUUCGGAAUGGCUGCUGCGCUGCGGCGCCUUGGUGCGCUAUCAAGGGUAUGAGAAGUGGCAGCAGGACUACAAUGGUCUCCCAACUGGGCCCUUGGGGAAAUACAAGAUAGAAGCAAUUGAUGCCACUGACUCCUGCAUCAUGUACAGAGGAUUUGACUAUUUGGAUGGCCUUGAACAUGUUACAGAAAUCAAGCUGCAGAAAUGUAUUUAUAUACAGGAUGAGUGUCUACAGAGGCUCAGUGAGACUAAGAAUUUACAGAAGAGUCUCCUGCAGCUGAAGAUAAUUUCCUGUGGGAAUGUCACAGAUAAAGGCAUCAUUGCACUUCACAAACUGACGAACCUUGAAUAUUUAUAUCUGAGUGAUCUUCCUGGAAUAAGAAAGAAAGAAACUACUGUUCAUAUGCUUCAGCAGGCAUUGCCAAACCUAGAGGUGGAACUGGAUUUAGAAUAAAAGCAAUUUCAUGUAA